CACUUCCCCUUUGCCUGCUUGGUUUCCCUCCCUGUUUCAGUCAGAUCAUGGGACUUCUGGUGUGUUGAGCAAAUCACAAAUUAGAGCCUCUUGAAGGUUGUACAUUCGCCAUGAGGUCCUUUCACCCUGAGCUGCUGCUUCUCUGCGGCCUGCUCAGUCUAACUUCAGGGCUGCAGGGUGCCUCGCCUUUCACCCAGGUGCCGUUCCUCACCGUGUGGAACGCCCCCACCGAGAGCUGCUUCUCCCGGUACGGCGUGGAUCUGGACCUGGGGAUGUUUAGCAUCGUCCAGAACCAGAAUCAAAGCUUCUUUGGUGAAAACGUCACGAUUUUCUACGCCGACAAGCUUGGGCUGUACCCGCGGUACUCUGCCCAGGGUGUGGCCGUCAACGGUGGGAUUCCACAGAACAGCAACCUGGAGGAACACCUCAGAGCCGCCGGCGAAGACAUCGACUACUACAUCCCCAACAGAGACUUCCAGGGCCUGGCGGUGGUAGACUGGGAGAGCUGGAGGCCUGUGUGGGAGAGAAACUGGGACAGUAAACAGGUGUACCAGGAGGGGUCAAAAGCACUGGUGAAGUCCCGGCAUCCAGACUGGAGUCCUGCUCAGGUGGAGGCGGCGGCCCGGGUGGAGUUUGAGCAAGCCGGGAGGAAAUUCAUGGAGGAAACCCAGAAACUGGGACAGAGAAUGAGGCCAAAUGGUUUGUGGGGGUUUUAUGGAUUUCCCAACUGCUACAACUAUUACAACGAGAAGAGCGUAAACUACACAGGAAAGUGUCCCGAUGUGGAGAUCAAGAGGAACGACGAGCUAUUCUGGCUGUGGAACGUCUCCUCCGCUCUGUACCCCGACAUCUACCUGAGCCUGGAGAUGAGGGGCGUCGGCAGGGAGGUGCAGCUCUACGCUCAUCACCGCGUCCUGGAGGCCAUGAGAGCGGCGGACCAGGUGACCCCUUGGCAGCUGCCCGUCUUCCCCUACGCCCGCAUCGUCUACACCUACACGCUGGAGCCCCUCUCCAAGGAGCACCUGGUCUACACGGUUGGGGAGAGCGCUGCGUUAGGAGCUGCAGGGGUGGUGCUUUGGGGAGACCAUGCUUUUGAUAAAUCCAAGGCUACAUGCGAGACAGUCAAAUCCUACAUUGACGAGACUUUAGGUCCCUACGUGGUCAACGUGACAUCAGCUGCCGUCCUCUGCAGCCAGGUGCUGUGCUCCUCGCAGGGAAGGUGUCAGAGAAUGGACCCGAAGUCGGGGGCCUACCUCCACCUCGACCCGGCGGGGUGGAAGAUCCUGUCUGAGAGGAAACCAGCGGGAGGGCAAAACUACAGGGUUUUAGGGCAGAUGGAUGCACAAAGUGUGCUGCGGAUGAAGUCGGAGUUUCAGUGCAGGUGCUAUCCUGGGUGGGGAGGGCAGAACUGCUCCAAGCCAGUUUAGAGAUCUGAAUAGUUUUAGACACUAAAAGAGGAGGAGGGCAAACCAGACUCUUUCUGGGUGGAGUUUACGGGUUGUGUGCUCUGGUGCUCCAGAACCAUUGUGCAUUUCAAGAAUAUUGAGAACUCUAAUUUAGCUUUCAGGUGUGAGAGUGUUUGCGCAGGUUAUCUGUCUAGUGUGUCUCUGGCGGUCCAGUGAUGGACUUGCAGAAAAUGGAUGAAUGCAUGCAUGUUGAUUCCUGCUCCUUUCAAAACUGCUAAAAUAUUUUUUUAAAUCACGAUUUAUUUUUGUAUCUGUAUUGGUAUUUUCAAUGUGCACUGAUAACGAUGAUAUCUUUUUUACAAAAAAUCACUAACCUGUCAUGUUGUCUGCCUAAAAUGCCAAAUCCUUCUGCAAACUGUACCUUGCCAUUUUCACGGGAAAUAUGUAAAUAAAACUUUUAAUCCCCAGCCAGAAUUUCUUUGUUUUACAAGAAUACAAUACUUCACCUGGUAAAUUGUUUUGAUUUAUCUUUCCUGUAAAAAAGCAUUAUGCAAGUAACAUUUACUCCUUUUUACUAAACUGUUUCCAUGGUUGUUGUUUUUUAUUCAGCUUUAGAUGCUGGAAGAAAACAGAAAUUAUGAAAUCUGCCACGUUUCGGACAUCAUGAACUUCCUAAAACAAUAAACUAAACACUUUUUUUU